CGUAAUUGUACACAGCCUUGUAUUUCGUGCCAUGAUGAGACUGAACAAUGGAUAUCUCCAUGUAAAUUAUAUGAAUCCUUGCUCAUGAGAGCGUCCUUGUGAUUCGAAGCCGCCUCAUCAAUUUCUCUUGGGCAUUUAGUCACAUUUCCGUAUCAAUUACAUUCUCACAACAUCUGCGUCCCACAAACCACCCCCAAGGAAACCCCCAAUUCUGAGAACCCAAUUGGAGGCGGGACAGUAUCUGCCGAGUCUGUAGAUCAGUCAAACUGGUCUUGACAUCUUUAAUAGACCAUUUCGCGCCACAUCUUUCCUCUUGCAACUCAAUUGACUCGACUCUGCGCAUACACAGCAUGGCCAAGGUUUUCGACGCGGCUGAAGUGGCCAAACACAACACCCCGGAGAGCUGCUGGGUCAUUCUCUAUGGCAAAGUCUACGAUGUGACUGAGUUUCUUCCAUCGCACCCCGGUGGUAAGAAGAUCAUCCUGAAGCUGGCGGGAAAGGAUGCCACCGAUGAAUAUGAUCCCGUUCACCCACCGGGAACCCUCGAGGAGAACCUCAAGCCCGAGAAUAUCCUCGGUGAAGUGAAUCUUGAAACACUCACUGACUCCCAAUCGACCGGCGAAAACACCACCACACAGUCCCGAGAUAACCAACCACCACCAAUGGCAUCACUCAUGAAUCUUGAUGAGAUCGAGGAAGAAGCUACCAAGCGCAUUUCGAAAAAGGCUUGGGCAUACUACUUUUCAGCCGCCGACGAUCUAUUUUCAAAAACGUACAACAACCAUGUCUAUAAAAAUAUACUUCUUAGGCCACGCGUAUUUGUUGAUUGUACAGCUUGCGAUCUUUCAACCACAUUGAUUGGCAACAGAGUCGGGCUACCAAUCUUUGUCGCCCCUGCUGCUAUGGCCCGUCUAGCUCAUCCCGAUGGAGAACAAGGCAUCGCCAAGGCAUGCUCUCGAUUCGGUGCCAUGCAGAUUGUGUCGAACAACGCGUCGAUGACUCCUGAGCAAAUCAUCGAGGGCGCAAAGCCAGGCCAGACUUUUGGUUGGCAACUCUACGUCCAGAACCAGCGAGAAAAGAGCGAGGCUAUGCUCAAGCGCAUCAACUCUAUGCGAGAGUACUACAAAUUUAUCUGCCUGACCCUUGAUGCGCCUGUUCCUGGUAAACGCGAGCUGGAUGAGAAGCAAAACUUUGAUUACUCUGAACCCAGUCCUGCCAGUGGUGAGAGCAAGCCCGGUGCUGGAGGUGUUGGUCAACAGCUGUUUUUCGGCACAGCGGCCGACUUGACUUGGAAGACAACUCUUCCCUGGCUAGCUGCUCACACAGAUCUACCCAUCGUUCUCAAGGGUCUGCAGACUCAUGAGGAUGCUUAUCUCGCAGCCAAGUAUGCUCCUCAAGUAAAGGCCAUCAUCUUAUCGAACCACGGCGGUCGUGCUGCCGACACAGCCCCUCCAGCUAUACACACACUUCUCGAAAUCCGCAAAUACUGCCCUGAGGUUCUGAGCAAGGUCCAAAUAUGGGUUGAUGGAGGCAUCAAGCGAGGAACAGAUGUUGUAAAAGCAUUGUGUCUAGGAGCCAGCGGAGUCGGUAUUGGGCGAGGUGCUCUCUUUGGACUUGGCGCUGGUGGCCAAGCCGGCGUUGAGAGAACACUCGAGAUCCUCGAGGCAGAAACAGCAACAUGUAUGCGACUACUCGGAGCCAAGAGUAUCUCGGAGCUCGGACCUAAAUUCGUCAAUGCUCGACAGGUGGAACGAGAUAUCUACGAUGGAGAUUCAGGGCUGGACCGUCAGGGCUUGUGGACAAAGUCUAAGCUGUAAAGUAUGAAGCAGCAGGCGGUCGAUAUCUUCAUAUGCCAGAUGCAGCCUCGGCUUGGAUACUAGAUCUCCUUCAGUCUCCACUGCAAUUACCAGGGAGCCCUGUUUCCUUAAUCGAAGCGGCAACAGCGGGAGCUCUCGGGGAAGACGGCUUUGGUAAUAUGGUGGGCUGGCCAACACCGUUGCCUCUGGGUAACAUCGCGGGGAUAGGGAAAAGUGAGGCAUAAGAAUCUCUCUGAUGAAAUCCUUCAACUUUUCCACAGUACUAAUACAUUUCGAAAACAUUAUUCCAAAGAAUGAGUUUCUC